AUGGCAACGAGCACCAGCACUGGGAAACGUUGCAGGGUCGACACAACCCGCAGAAUAUUCCCUCAAUCACCAUCUACUGAGCCCAUCAUCUCCAAACUCUCGAUACUCGAUUCGACGGUGGCCCGUUUCACGCCCACCGCUGCAAUAUGGCUCUACGACAAGCCAACAACAUCACAGCUUUUCCACGCUGAAUUUUUCGAGACACUCAGUCAUGCACUCAGUCAAACCCUGGGCGACUACCCGCAUUUUGCAGGCCAACUCCAGUGGGCUACACCAGAGCAGGUCAAAGACGACGCAGUUCCGCGACACCUUGGGCGGCUAGUUGUGGUACACGGCUCUACCAAAGAUCCCGGGGUUGAGCUCUCCAUCGCCACUCACGACGCGAGGCUCAGCGAAAUAGUUCCCAGUCGAAGCGAGAGGGCGACGACGUUGAAAGAAUGGAACGCCUUCAAUUUCCAGCAAAGCGAGUUCCUACCAAAAACCAAUAUUGCACUGAUGUCUCUGAAUGCCAUCGAGGGGUUGCCCGCCAUGGCCGUUCAAUUGACAUCUUUCAAGUGCGGAGGCUUCGGCAUCAGCGCAAUGAUCUCGCAUCCGCUUGCAGAUGCUGUCUGUUUGAUGAACUUUAUGUACUCGUGGGCAACACGGUCAAAGAUACUCCUGGGGAAUGUUUCUGCAUCCGCUGAUCUGGGACUAUUCAAACCAGUCAUUGAUCCCGCCCGACUUGAUCGAGUUGCGGGCGUCACACCCGGAACCUCCGCGGAUAGAGAAACAGUUGCAAAGGCUCGCGCGCUACCGAUGCACCGAUUCAACUGGUGGGCUGAAGACGCACCAGGAUAUCCUCAAGGUGUCAGACCAGCUUCACUAGCCACCAUGCCGCCGCCCGAAGACUUUGAUACGACAGAACUAAGCCCGUCAACAUACCCGCCCUGGCCAACUUGGGACAUGGGCGCACCAGUCGACCACGUUCAAAUACGAUUCACAGCAGCCGAGUUGACGCGGAUGAAGGAGGCUGCGCAAGCGAGUUUGCCAGAGGAGAUUAAAUCGCUCCGAGUUUCCAGACUUGAUGCCGUCUUGGCUCACGUCUGGACUCUAUUGAACCGCGCACGCGGCCAUGAAGGGAAACACGAAAGCGCAUAUCUAAACAUCACCUUAGGCCUUCGACAACGUGUCGAUCCACCCCUGCCCGAAGCCUUUGUUGGGUCUCCUCUCCUCAUUGGAUACGUCGAGAAGACCGCCAGCGAAGCUAGUUCAUUCCAGCUUGGACCGAUUGCCGGCGCAGUCCGGCAGAUGAUGUCUCGGUUCACGCCAGAUGCGGUGGCAGCUUACAUCCACGACGCCGCACAUGAGCUCAGCCCUCAACGCAUAUGGCAAGGCUUCUUGGGGACUCACCACACCCUCGUGACAUCCUGGGUGCGGGCCAAGACCUACGAACUUGACUUCCUUGGUGCGAACGAGUUGGCCCGGUAUGUUCAGGGCGUAAUGCCAAAGAUUGAUGGCUUGGUUCAGAUCAUGGACGUCGCCGACACGGGUGACUUUGAUGUCAGUAUUUGUAUGCAACGAGGUGCCAUGAGCCAGUUGUUGCAGGACAAUUCACUCCGUCAAUAUGCAAGCUAG